AUGUCGGUUCUCGGCAGAAAUAAUGUUGCAGUGGAUUCUUGGCAGUCAUCACCGCUCGUGGACUUAGAUCAGGAUGGAGGACAUCAAAGAGAGACGGAGAGGAAUUCCUGGAUUGACGAACCAGGGGAUGAUCUUGACGAUGACACCCGUCCGCGGACUUUUGAACCAUUUGAAACUAUGUCUGAUAGCGAUGAACGUGCCCGCACUGAGACACCGCCGCUGCAAGCCUCCCGGGAAGUAACUCUUCCGUUGUCGGAGGGCAGUCGCUCUCCUUCUUGUGAACUCGGAUAUGCAAACGACCGCGUAGUUGUUGCCAGCCCGGCUCUUUCUACUUCGCUUGAGACUCCUGCCAAUCAGACCGGGCUGUUCUACGAUCCACGAUUAUUGCGUCAUACAAACCUCUUCCCUGACGAAGAUGAGGAGUAUUGUGAGGUUCCAGAAAGGGUAGAGAAAGCGUAUGAAGAACUCAAGCGUCGGGGCCUAGCAUCGCGGUGCAUCAGGCUAAGUGGUAUUGCGGCGACCUACGAGCAACUUCGGCUAGUCCAUACAGAGGAACACAUUCAAGAAAUUUCGUCUACCAGAGAUAUGGAAAUGGACCAGCUCAAGCUCAUGUCCAAAGAGCGCUACAAUGAUGUGUAUUUUUCGGAUGCAACGGCUGACGCAGCUAGCUUAUCAUGCGGGGGUGCAAUUGCGGUGGCGGAGGCAGUAUGGUUAGGGCAUGUUGAAAACGCCAUAGCGUUGAUUCGGCCUCCUGGACAUCACGCAGAAGCCACGAAGGCAUUGGGCUUCUGCAUCUACAGCAAUGUUGCGGUCGCCGCCCGUGUUUUGCAGCAGCAACAUGGAGUGCAACGGAUUCUUAUCGUUGAUUGGGACGUCCAUCACGGAAAUGGAACUCAGAGAGCUUUCUGGAACGAUCCCAAUGUCCUGUUCAUAAGCAUACAUAGAUAUGAGGAAGGGGCGUUCUUUCCACAUCUGUCCAUUGCAAGUGCCGACCAUAUCGGCGGUAAACGGGCAAGGGGAAGGAAUAUCAAUGUCCCGUGGCCUUGCGCGGGUCUUAAUGACAUAGAUUAUUUGCAUGCUUUUCAUCGAGUCGUUUUGCCCAUCGCCUAUGAGUUUAAUCCGGAAAUCGUGAUCGUUUCAGCCGGCUUUGAUGCAGCGAUUGGUGACCCUCUCGGUCUGUGUCGAGUUUCUCCGGCGGGAUAUUCUCAGAUGACUCAUUUGCUGAAGGGUCUCGCUGGAGGAAAAUUAGUGGUUUGCUUGGAGGGAGGGUACAACCUGAACGCAGUUUCGUCAUCCGUUGCCGCAGUGACAUCGGUUCUUCUUGGGGACCCCCCGCCCCCAAUAGACAUGACGCUGGGUCCAAGUCCAGCGUGUAUUGAAACUGUACAAACGGUCAUCGAGUGUCAAUCACCGUACUGGAAAUGUCUUGUCCCCACCUUUGUCCGCUCAGAGCCAGGUCCAGAGAAUUUGCAUGAGCUCAUCGUUCCAUUACACGACGUCCUGUCGGGGUACAGGACCUAUAUGCUUUCUCAAACUUUUCACCUUAGACGAAUUGAUGUCGAAGACCGAGAUUUGGCCGAUCGUUUCAUAGGACAGAUUCACGUCAGCAAAAAUGUUGAAUCCCACCGGGGUUUUCUUUUUAUUUUCGUACACUCGAGCUGGGACGAAGUGCGAGGUCGAUUAGAUGCACACAGCAACACCUUGAGGAUCGGCAAGACCUCUGUGCAUGAUGCGUCGACGCGGUACAUACGUGACAUAUGUCGUAAUGGGCACGCUUUGAUUGACAUUGACAUCAAUGCUACGUCGAAUGAGUACGAUACCGCCCAGGUCACCAAAGAAGUAACAAAGUAUGCAUGGGACAACAUUGGACGGCAUACGAACGCAAGCCGUAUAUUACUGAUUGGUGUCGAGAUGGGCGCCCGAGGUCUAGCAAACCUUAUAUCAGUGCGACCGGAACUCCGAAGCAGAACCGAGUGCGUAGUAAUGAUGGUAUCUGAGAAGCUUCCUGCGGUUUACGAGUCGAUACAGGAUUGGUAUUUUAAUGUUUCGCGGGUUUACACAUGGUCCGAUCUGCCGCGCGGUACCUCAAUAAGUACGGUUGCCAAAUACGGUUCUUCCUACUCAGCUGGACACAAACCUCCAAACGCCACGAUAUCCACGCUGAUGAAUCACCUGGAAUUAAGGGUUUUCCGUUUUCUCGCCCGGCGAAUGGGAGAAGCAUACUUGGCACAACUUGCCAAAAAGUCCCAGGCCGUCGCCAUACCGGUGGGACGAUCACCACGGAUGAAUCGCAUCCAUGUUGAGGUAGAGCCCAAAUUAAGGAAUGGCCGCUUGACAUCGCCCGUCAGCGUCACAGGGUCUUCUGAGCACCAUGAUGAUCGUUUCCCGGACAUGUUAGAGUGGCCAGAGUCGGCAAACCUGGAUGCGACUGCAGUGCCUGGCACGUUACCAGACCAUACACAGGACAGAUGGAAUCUACUGCACCCACCAGAAGAGCCGUUGUCUCCCACUGCCCGCAGUUCGCAGGCCACAAUGCUCUUUCGACCGUCACCUGGGGCGGAUGAAGUGUUGUCGGACGAUGUGCAUCAGGAGAGGGAAAUGUCGGUGGACAUUAUAAAUGGCCUCAGUGACUUCCGAGAGCCACCGCCCGCUUCACCUGUUGUUGAGGAGGUAUCAAGGGAAAGGCGAGCACGACGGCCCAAGCGCCGGAUACAAUCUCUCCCACAGGCCGAGGAAUCCGCAGAUGACCUCCAAGAUCCAACACCUAGUUUAGUUAUAGUAGAGGCGCCGCUACCUAUUGAGCGGAGAGUACGACAGCCCAAGCGAAGGAUACAAUCCCUCCCAAACGCCGAGGAAUCUGAAGAUGACCUCCGAGACCCACAACCUAGUUUAGCUAUCGUAGAGGAACCAUCUAGUAAAAGGAGCGUACAACGGCCCAAACGCCCAAUACAUGCCUCCCCAGAGGUCGAGGAAUCUGAAGAUGAACUCAUCCGGCCAGAACCGCCGAUACCACGAAAGCGACAAGCACGGAAAAUUACUCGAGGGGUGGGAAUGUCUAAUGCGGUGAUGGAGCGUUUCUUGAACAUUAGCAGAUGAUUAUCGAUAGAAUUCAAAUCUUUUAUUUUAUUUUUUUUUUUUUUUUUGCAAAAUUGGAGUACGUGUAUUCUUUAUGAGGUUCAAGCGGGCCAAUAAUGAAUGGAA